ACCUGGGCUCAAGCAUUCUUGGUUCUGCUCACGUCUCUGCACUUCGAGUGAUUAUUUGGAACAACAUGAAAAUCCUCUUCUUAUUUGGGUUUCUUGCGACUGCGCUCAGCCAACAUCUGUUACAGAUGGGCUUUUCCAACAAUGCGACAAUCGAGAAUUUCAAAGUAUUUGACAAGAACCUCGACGACAUUAUCCAUCUGAGUGAAGUGUUCACUGUGGUCAGGAAAAUAGACAGAAACGAUGAUGGAGUGAUCAGCCUUCAGGAGUUCACUGAUCUUUCUCCUGCAGAUCUUCCUCCUCUUCAAAAUGAAAUUUUCUUUAACUAUAUGGACAGUCUGGACUCCACAGUCGACGGUGUAGCCGAUUCAUCGUUCAUAUGCACAUAUUUCAGCCUCAUGGAUGUGGACAACAACAGGAAAGCAACUCUUGGAGAGUAUAAAAUCCAGCAACAGCAGAUACACGACCACUUAAAGAAAGAGCUGAAGGACAUCGCGGGAUGUUGACUGUCUGUUGCAAUGAUGUGCAAACGAAAGUCCAAAUAAACACAGCUUUGUCGAAAAUA